AUGCGGCUUUGUAUUGCUUUUGUUGUGAGCCUUGCUAUUACCACCCCUGCGUUCGGGGGCUGUCCUUAUGCUCGAGAUGCAAGCAUUGAGCCCCAUAACAGGCUGAAUGUCCACAAUCAUUCGGCUUGCGACACCGAUCCGAGUAAACCCGCGGCAAGUGCUUCUUCUACCAUUCCCUCUUCGGCGACUGGGAAGAAGGGUGUGAUGCUGAUGAAUCGAAUUUCACCUGGGGCUUCAAAACUAUAUAUUGCCAAUGCAAACGGGACCGAUGAGCGUCCUCUAUUAGAGGAUGCGGUUUACGAAUAUCACGCCGACUUUUCUCCCGAUGGCGAAUGGAUCGCUUUCACUAGUGAGCGCAACGGUGAUGGAAACUCCGACAUCUGGCGCGUACGCCCAGAUGGCUCAGAUCUACAGCCCAUUGUAACAUCUCCAGCAGCCGAAGAUAGUGUUGUGCUCUCGCCUAAUGGAACAUUGGCAGCAUAUGUCUCGACGGCCAACAACUACAAGGCCAACAUUUGGAUCAAGGAUCUGCAGACUGGGGCCGAGUGGAAUAUCACGGAUACCCCGGUCAACAGGCCGGACCAGUACAUGAUGCAUGGUCAUUUCCGUCCAGCUUGGUCGCCAGAUGGAGAGUGGCUUGCGUUCUCCUCGGAUCGCAACACUCCAUGGGAUGGUCACGGACCGCCGACAUACCUGGGACGUGCUGGUUGGGAACACACUCAAGAGCUUUCCAUCUACGUCAUUCGUCCUGAUGGUUCAGAUCUGCGGCGUGUCGUCAACCAUACUGGUCACUGUCUAGGAUCCCCCAAAUGGUCAUCUGAUGGGAAGCGCCUGAUAUUCUAUGAGAUGACUCGCGAGCAAACAUGGGACGCACAUCGACCUGAAAGCAUAUCAUCCGCAAACUCCACCAUUGUGUCUAUUGGAAUCGAUGGCAACAACCGUCGCACAGAGGUCAGCGGUCCCAACGUCAAGACCUUCCCUCAAUAUUUGACAAAUAACACCAUUGGAUACCAUCUGAAGGGUGGUGACAAGGAAGGUUUAUAUCUCACAGACGGUAGCUACUCUAAUACAAAGAUGCGAUCCCCUUCAUGGUCGUCCGAUGGAAAGUAUGUGGUCUAUGAAAAGGUUGAUUGGUCUAUUCGACCUCUCUAUAAAGAGCUUUAUAGCUGGGAUAACGAGUGGGACUACCGCUUCACCGAUGUAUUUCCUCAACUCUCAUCGAACGACCGCAUAGCUGUGACCGAAAAACAGCUUGGCAACUCUUCCAUUGUCACCUUUGACACAGACGGCGAGGAGAUUUCCAUAGUUUACAGUCCCACCGAUACCGGUCUCGUCGACGGUACCUUGAUUCAACAAGGCUUGGCCGGGGCAUUUAAUCCCACGUGGUCCCCGGACGGCGAAUGGCUUGCUUUCGGAGUCGGAGGUUGGUUUGAAUCGCGCGAUUUCCACGGGGGCUGGAUUGUGCUCUCCGCCGCGAACGGGAGUCACACCGAGGUCAUUGCCGCCAGCAAGUUGAAUCUUACAAGUAACAAUGCGCUCAACAACGGAUUUCCCAGUUUCUCUCCCGACGGCAAAAAGCUUGUGUAUCGUGUGUGGGGCUUUGACACUGCCAAAUAUGGCGACAAGUCGGAUAUUGGUUUACGCAUCAUUGACUUGGAGACCAAGGAGAUCAUGCAGCUCACUAGCAACUGGGACAACCUGCCCUCCUUCUCGCCUGAUGGAGAGCUAAUCAUUUUCACCCGCAAGGUUAGCACGGCAGAUUACGACAUCUGCACCAUCCGCCCUGAUGGCAGUGAUCUUCGCACUUUGACUCACAGUGGUUCCAACGAUGCCCACGCUGUUUGGCGCCAGGAUGGAAAAAUCCUUUGGUCAUCGGGCAUGUACGGGUUUCAAUACGAGUGUGCUCUGUAUGAUGAAACCUUCCAACCCUAUGGACAAAUCAUGAUUAUGGAUCCCGAUGGAUCCAACAAGCGUGCUUUAACCAACUCUAUUUGGGAGGAUUCGAUGCCCCUUUUCCUUCCUAACGACGGGUUUUAA